AUGGAAUGGCCAGAUGACAGUGAGAGGUGUGAGAAAAAGUCUUUCCUGUAUGAGAUUGUGGUAAAUCAAUGGAAUGGCGUUGAUGUGCGCAAAUGGGACUAUUUUGCACGAGACUGUCAUUACCUCGGCAUCCCAAACAGCUUUGAUCCUCAGCGUCUGCUGAAAUCAGCUCGAGUGUGUGAGGUGAAGGGGGAAAAACACAUCUGCUACAGAGACAAGGUGGCUGAUGAUAUUUAUGACAUGUUUCACACCAGAUACACUCUGUACAACCAGGCCUACCAGCACAAGAUCGUCAACAUCAUUGAAGAAAAAAUCUCUGAAGCCCUCAUAGCAGCAAAAGACAAGAUCACAAAGCUCUCACCAAUUCCUGAAGCUGAAUUACAAAAAGAUAUCAAGAGGAAGAUCUUAAAUAUUCAAAACAAUGAAAAAGGUGGUGAGAAACUAACAGCAAUGAAAGAAUUCAUCAAACUGACCGAUCACAUCUUUGAGGAGAUCUUGUACUCCAGUGAUGUCAACCUGAAAGAUGCCAAGAUGAUGCUUGACGAUGUUGUGAUGCGACGUCUGCCGAAGUGUGUGGGAGAGACUCGACUACAAGAAACUGGAAGGAUCUUCGAGGUGAUUAAACUGGAUUAUAAUAAGGAGGAUACAAACCCUAUCAACAGUGUCUAUUUCUACAGAAAGAAGCAGCAGAAGAAAGGCUGCAAGAUUAGGAAAUAUGAGGUAUCCAGUCUGCUGCCGAAGAAGUUUAGAGAACAAGUUGGUCGAGUUUACUACACAAAAAACUCUGAUGAGGAGGAAAAGGAUGCUAAGGAAUGCUUUAUAUGGUGGUGCCUUGGCAAGUGUGUUAUUGAGCUAUACGACCAGAAUGAGUUUAAAGGCACCAAGUGUGUGGUCACAGGGAACUGUUCAUCAUUGGACCGCUGCAGUAUAACAGAGGUUCGCUCCUGUAAGGUGAUCCGAGGGGUCUGGAAGCUCUGGAAGGGUCGUGGCUACAAUGGAGAUGAUUACCUACUGAAGGAGGGACAGUAUCCCAAUCUUAAGGCAUUGAGUGAUAGCAUAUCCAAUGCUUCUGCUCCUGCUCCCGCUCCCGUUCCUGAUCCUGCUUGGUGUCUUGAAUGUCUGCCAUUUACGAUCCACCUCUAUGAAAAGGAGAAUUUUGAAGGCCCAAUCUUUGAAACAACAGUUGACCUUCAUUCAUUGGACGGCUGUGGUAUAAAGGAGGUCCGCUCCUGUAAGGUGCUCAGUGGUCUCUGGGAUCUCUAUGAGGGUCCUGGCUAUGCUGUACCCCGUUACCAACUGAAGGUGGGGGAGUAUCCCAAUCCUGGGUCAUGGGGCAAUGGCAACACUGCUCCUGCUCUGUCUGUGAAACGUCUGACAUCUUAUAAGAUCCGGCUUUUUGAAAAGGAAGAUUUUGAAGAGCCAAUGCAUGAGACAACAGUUGACCGUCGUUCAUUGGACGGCUGUGGUAUAAAGGAGGUCCGCUCCUGUAAGGUGCUCAGUGGUCUCUGGGAUCUCUCUGAGGGUCGUGACUAUGCUGAACCCAGUUACCAACUGAUGGAGGGGGAAGAGUAUCCCAAUCCUGGGUCGUGGUGUGCCAGUGACCCCACUGCUCCUGCUCGGUCUGUUAAACGUGUGACAGAGUAAAUUCUAUGACUAAUUUCCCUCAUUCAUCUUUAAAGUAGGA